AUGCCGAAGGGUGGAGAGAUCCUGGGAAAAGGGCAGCAGCUCUGCGGAAUCUCUAAGCAUUUUUCCUCGCACAAAAACCCGGCUGCCAAUGGUUUUGCAGACACGAGGCUGAGAGGAAGGAUUACUUCCUCUGCCCCCUCCCCAGGUCUGGCAAAGACACGUGUAGUGCAGCUGGACGUGAGGAGCCAGCUGGUAUGCAGCCUCCAAAGCUUUAAUGAAACUGAUAUACCUCUCACCACAGGUGUCUCUCCUGCAGACAGCACAUACCUCUCCACGCAUGCAGGCUCCGUCCCUGCCAUGGGACUCAGCAACCCACCACGCAGCAGCACUGCUGCCCUCACCACACGCACUCCCAUUGCCUUCAAGAAUGCUUCAUCAGAUGAUUACAGUUCAACAUCCUUGCACGGCACCAUCUCACCAGUCAGCAUGCCAGCAAGCACUGGGAUCAUCCCCACUCACACAAUAGAAGCUCCCACAGUGACAACUGAAGAACCUUGUGAUGAUAAAAUUGAGUACAUCAUAACAAGCAUAACAGAUGUGAAGGACAUGGUUGAAGUUACACUGAAAAAUGUCAGAAAAAACAGAAAAUAUGAAAUUUUGGAGACUAAUGAGAUUUUCCAUGGGAAUUUGAGCACCUAUACAGCAAGACUUUGGAGAUGCAUGAGAUACACAGUUAGAGCGGAGAGCUGCACAGACAAUUAUCUUACUAUUCAGCCUGAGAGCAGCAAGGCUCCUUUCAAAGUUGAGAAUAUAACUGACACAUCUGCAAAGGUGUGUUGGGAGAACUCAUUGAACUGUGCUAAUGUGACUGUUAAAUGCAAAGAUUUAACAGGCUUUACAGAAUUAGGUCAAACUUGUAGAGAGCUGAACACUUUAUCACCCAACCGUGAGUACAAAUGCACUGGUACCGUACAUUUUUAUGAAGAGGAGGUUGUCAGCCAAAGCUUCAACAUAACAACGGAUUAUGGUGCUCCAGAAGCACCAGAAAACCUUACAGUACUUUGUGAUGCCAGAAGUGUAUCAGUUACAUGGAAGGAACCUAGUGACAUUUCAAAGGGUCCUAUAGAUGGCUAUAUAGUGAGAUGCAAUGGCACGGAGGAAGAACAAGACAACACAACUAACUUUAUUUGCCGUGAAUUAGAACCUUAUACCAGAGGUAUGGUAUAUGUGAUUCCAUAUACAUUCAGCAAAUAUAAUAGCGGAAAAAUUAGGGGAAAAGCUGGAAGAUGUAACUUUACAACAAAAUCAGCAGAACCACAGCAAGUGACUGAUGUUAAUGCAACAUUGACAGCUGAUAAUGCUGUCCAAAUUAAGUGCAAAAGUCAACAAGUGUAUGGAGCAAAAACAGUAUUUGAAUUGACUUGGGAAAAUGAUGGAACAACGGACUUCAGAGAGAAUCACUGUGAUUUUAAAAAAGAAAAUCUCUUGUACUUGACAAACUAUACAUUUUCGAUCUUAGUGUUUAAUGGAGAACAUAGAGGGCAGCCAGUAAAGAAGAGUAUAAGAACCAGAUAUAAUUCUAAAGCCCUAAUUAUAUUCUUGGUGUUCUUGAUUGUUGUGACAUCAAUUGCUUUACUACUGGUUCUGUACAAAAUCUAUGAUCUUCACAAAAAAAAGCUUAGCAGUUCUUCUGAAGCCAUGAACCUUGUUGCAGUUAAAGAUGAUGACAGGCAACUUCUGAACAUAGAGCCAAUACCUUCGGAGCAAUUGCUAGACACAUACAAGAGGAAGAUUGCUGAUGAAGGAAGACUUUUCUUGGAUGAAUUUCAGAGUAUUCCUAGGGUUUUCACUAAAUUUUCAAUAAAGGAGGCCAAAAAAAGCCAUAAUCAGAACAAAAACCGUUACAUUGAUAUCCUUCCAUAUGAUCAUAACCGUGUUGAGCUCUCAGAGAUCCCAGGAGACCCAGGAUCAGACUAUAUAAACGCAAGUUAUAUUGAUGGCUUCAAAGAACCAAGAAAAUACAUUGCUGCACAAGGCCCCAAGGAUGAAACCACAGAUGAUUUUUGGAGAAUGAUCUGGGAACAGAAGGCAACAAUUAUUGUCAUGGUGACUCGCUGUGAGGAAGGAAAGAGGAACAAAUGUGCCCAGUACUGGCCUUCAAUGGAGAAUGGCUCUGCAACAUAUGGGGACAUCAUUGUGAGGAUCAAUGAAAGUAAAACAUGCCCAGACUACGUCAUUCAGAAACUACACAUCACAAAU